AUGACGACUAAGCAGCCCCGCAAGAGAACACUGGACCUAGACGAGGAUCCCCUCCCAGUAACACCUUCGUCUACGCCCAUAUCAACCCCCUCGCCCGGGGACGACCUCGACAUCGCCAGCCAAGACUAUCAAGUAUGGAGCCCUCCGUCAGAGUUUCCCCCGUCCCAUGCGGAGUCCAAUCCGACAACACGCCGGCGGCGGCUUUCCAAAUCACAAAGCCACCGUCAUCGACUCGCGGCAUCUUCUGUAGCGUCACAUCCUGGUUUUCCAUCCAACUCGUCGACACUGGGGCCUUUGUACGGCCCGCCCGUGUCUCCUCGUCGGUCUGCCAAUGUGGUCUUCUCGCCAGUCCUCCCGCCUCCGGAGUCUCGCUACGUGGAACACCUGGCCCUGUCGAACCCUUUCGAUGAUAACGCUGACGAUGAGAACCGUCUCGUCUUGGGCCAACGCCCAAUACAGCGGGGGGCCAAGGUUGACGGAUACAUCAAGUUCCACAACGAGAAGAAGAAAGUAGCCAGCGAGGCUCACGUCGCCAUCUUCCAGUGCAAGGGAAGCGGACAAGAAUAUUCCCCCAAGUCGACCCUUGCCAUAUACCUCUCUCCGCAGUACAUGGGGGAGAUGGGCCUGCAAGAUAACGAUGAUAGGAGUCUCUUCGCGUUUUAUCUCAAGGCUUGGUGCCCGGGCCGGAGCGUCCUUGACCAAACCAACUGCUGGUUCGAAAACAUCCCCCGGAUGGCAUCCAAGGACUCCUGCGUCAGGUCCGCCAUCCUGGCGCUCGCUGGGACGUACGUACUCGACUAUCAGCCCAGAGAGAGGAUCCGGCAGGUUGCCCAGCGCCAUUACAAAACUGCUGUCAUCCUUCUGAACAUGGCAUUGAGGGAUGCUCGUAAGCAACUCCCCACAGAGAAUGAAGCCAAUUGCAUGGUGGCUGCUAUUGCCCUCCUGAACAUGAUCGACGUAGUAUCCCCUGAGCAGCGACGCCCACCAAACUGCGUUCCUCGCUGGUUAGAAGGUGCUCGUCUGGCGUGCAGGAUGCUGGACGCGACUGAUCCAGGCCACCGCUACUGGAACCCUGUCAACAUUCAGCCCUCUGAGGCCCAGACGGGUAACAUGAUCAUUGCGGGGAGGGCGGCCAUUCUCGCCCUUCCGAUGACUCCCCUCGACUUGGCUGCUACAGACAACCACCAGUUUGCGUGGCUGUUGCAGGGAUCUGAGCACGAUGUCCACAGAGUUCACGGCGGAUGCGGCAUGUCUCCGACACUCCUGCAUCGUUUUUCACAAAUCACACACUUAAGCGCGUUUUUAUCCGCGCACCCCAUAGAUAGCGAGUUUUUGAUCAAGGCGAGCGUCGACGAGCUGCUUGGGGACCUCAGGAACCUCCGUCAGUGGACUGAGUCUGCCUCAUCUUCGGCCGUAUCUCGACCGGACAAGUCUAGAGACAUUUCUCUCCCCAGCGACCUGCUGUCUUCGAUCAAACUUGGCAAGCACGGCCUCAUAGUUGACAGGAACUCCAUGACAGAAGUCACGGCAGAGGCGUGGCGUCUAGCGGCCAUCAUCUAUCUGCGGUGCCGUCUCGAGAGGCUUCCCCGCUCUCACCCGGACGUCGUCUCCCAGAUAUCAGAAUUGGCGAAGUGUAUUCGGGUGAUGCCCACAUCAGGUACCUUCUUCACCGCCCAAGCUCCCUUCUUCCCAGUUUUCCUGCUGGGUGUUUUGGCCCUGCACGAGUCGCACGUCCAAUGCGCCUUGGACUGGUUCCACUCAGUUAUCAGUACCAGUUGCCGCUCCAGUGUCCCCCCAGCGUUCCGGUCCCUCGAACGGGUUCGCGCAUGGAUGGACCCCAACAUCCAUGACAUGAAUCCCUCCGAACUGCCUCGGCGUAUCUUUGAGCGAUAUCCUUGGUGGGAGACCCUCGUGGCACAUAUCGUCUCGACCGAAGGGACAUUGUGCCUGAUUUAG